GCCGCCACCUCGCACUCCCGCCCGCCGCCGUCUACGUGCGUCGCGAGCGAUCGCGUCAUCUCCGACCGGCCGGCCUGCCGCCGACGAUCAGAUUGAUUUCUCACUAGGUGUAGUAUAUGGAUUGCGAGGCGGCGUCGGCGGGUGGCGCGGCGAUCUACCGGCUGCCGGAGGAGUGCGUGGCGUACGCGAUCUCGAUGACGACGCCGGGGGACGCCUGCCACUCCUCCGCCGUGUCGCCGGCGUUCAAGGCCGCCGCCGACUCCGACGCCGUCUGGGACCGCUUCCUGCCGCCCGACCACGCCGCCAUCCUCGCCCGCGCCGUCGACGCGUCCUCCGCCGCCGCCAGCGAAUGCGCCUCCAAGAAGGAUCUCUUCGCCCGCCUCUGCGCCCGUCCCGUCCUCCUCGACGCCGCCACCAUGAGCUUUGGGCUGGAUCGACGGAGCGGCGCCAAGUGCGUGAUGCUGUCGGCGAGGGCGCUGAGCAUCGCGUGGGGAGACGAUCCCUCUCGCUGGAGAUGGACACCCUGCCUCCCCGGAUCAAGGUUUCCUGAAGUGGCGGAGCUCUUGGAUGUGUGCUGGCUGGAGAUCACCGGCAAGCUGCAGCUCUCGCUGCUCUCGCCGGCGACGACCUACGCCGCCUACCUCGUCUACUCCUUCGCCGACUACACCACCGGCCUCGAGUGCAACAUCGGCAUGCCGUCUCCCAAGGCGACGGUGACCGUCGUCGUCUCCGGCGCCGGGACGACGAGCAGACCGCCGGCGACGGAGCACAAGAUCUGCCUGCAGCACAUGGGCGAGGACGAGACGAUGAUGCACCGGCAGGAGCUGGUGAUCAGCCUCCGCAAGGACUUCGGGCGGAAGGUGAGGCUCGAUCCCGACAUGGACAUCAAAUGCCCGCGGCUGAGGGACGGCGGCGGCGGCGGCGGGUGGAGGGAGGUGGAGCUGGGAGAGUUCGCCGUGCCGGGCGGCGCCGGCGGCGAGGAGGGGGUGGUGGAGGUGAGCUUCAAGGAGGAGACCAGCCGGUGGAAGACGGGGCUCAUCGUGCAAGGCAUCGAGCUCAGGCCCAAAUGCAUGCACUGCUAGCAAAGCUAGCUAGCUAACUCGAUCGACCGACCAUUGCAUUGCAUGCAUGUAAUUAAACGUUGUUGAUUUUUUUUUCCAUGGAGAAUUCGAUCAGCAAUAGAGCAAGCUAGCUAAUAACGCAUCCGAUCAUAUCGAUCAUGAGAUUAAUUAUACAGCAGCUAGCUCCACUUGGCGGCAGUACGGACGUGUAGAUCAUAUCAUAAUCACUUGAAGCUAGCUUUAAUCUGAUCAAUUAAGCACUAACCGUAGCUGUCGUUUUAUUUAUUUUGAGGUGUGCUAGGCUGCUGAGUUUAUGUAUGCAUGUCGUAUUAUCGUACAUGCAUCGUACGGUGGUGCCAUUAGAGGCCGGAACGUAUUGACAUACAUGUACUGAAGCCUCAGUUGAAUGAUUUGUUCUGCGUAUCCUAUGGUUUGAUUGUUAUUCAUAAGUUGUAUUAAUUAAUUUCCAUUACAUGGAAGUGUACUUCAUUCCUCUAAGUGGACAAUUAUUUGUGUCAAAUUUUUAACUAUCCU